AAACAUGAACAUCCACUUGUUGAAUAUCUUAUUCCAAAUCAAAAAUAUACAUUAGAACAAAUAAUUUCAUCAAUACCUGAUUUACUUCCUUCAAACAAUGCAGGAAAUAUUUUAAUGAAAGCAAUCUUUGAAAAUGAUAUUAAACCUAACAGUACCAACCGCAGUCGUUGUAUCCCGUUCUGUGGUUUACGUAUACCGCGAAAGAAAAAGGCUGUUACUCCGAUAGUUAAAAGUAUGGGAUUUUAUUUUUCAGCUCAUUGGUGUCCACCUUGUCAAGAAUUUACACCAAUGUUAGCCGAAUUUUAUAAAGAAACACGAGAAAAAUAUCAAUCUUUUGACGUUGUAUUUUUAUCAUUUGAUCAGGAUGAAGAUUCAUUUAAUACUUAUCGAUCACAAAUGCCAUGGCCUGCAGUUCCAUUUAAUUUAACUGAUAUUUUUGCUGAAUAUUUUAAACUUCAAGGUCUUCCAAGCUUAAUUGUCGUAUCAUCAGAUGGACAAAUUUUAUCACGUAAAGGUUGUGAAGAUGUUGAACAACAUGGUAUUAAAGCUUUACAGACAUGGUCACGAGCUGAAAAAUUAAAACCUCCUCCACCAGAUCAAUAUAAAUGGACACAUUUUGCUUGUGAUGGAUGUGGAAUUAAACCAAUUGUUGGUGAAAAAUAUUCAUGCCUUACUUGUCAAAAUUAUGAUCUUUGUUCAGCAUGUGCAAAGAAAGGACAUGAACAUGAACUUAAACUUCAAUUACAACCAAAUGAUGAUGAACAUCAGUCGAAAUGA